CGGCCUGCUCGGCCCCGCCCGCCUCACCUGCGGCAGGUGUGCUGCUUGGUGGGGCCGCCCUGGCACAGUCCAGUGCCGCGGCGCAGAGGAGGAGCGAGGUGAAGGGAAGUGAGGGCUGUCCGGCCCAGGCAGGAUGAAUAACCCUAUACCAUCCAACCUGAAGUCAGAAGCUAAAAAGGCAGCUAAAAUAUUGCGAGAAUUUACUGAAAUAACUUCUAGAAAUGGACCUGAUAAAAUCAUACCUCCUCACGUAAUAGCUAAGGCCAAAGGCCUUGCAGUUUUGUCUGUUAUCAAAGCUGGAUUUUUGGUGACUGCUCGAGGCGGAAGUGGAAUUGUAUUAGCUCGUCUUCCUAAUGGAACCUGGUCUGCUCCUUCUGCAAUAGGAAUUGCCGGUCUGGGUGGUGGAUUUGAAAUUGGAAUUGAGGUUUCAGACUUAGUAAUAAUACUGAAUCAUGAAAGAGCAGUAGAAGCUUUUGCCAAAGGAGGUAAUCUUACACUUGGAGGAAAUCUUACUGUGGCAAUUGGACCUCUGGGGAGAAACUUAGAAGGGGAUGUUGCCCUGAGAAGUUCUGCGGCUGUCUAUACAUACUGCAAAUCUCGAGGUCUGUUUGCAGGUGUAUCCCUAGAAGGAACCUGUUUAAUUGAAAGGAAAGAAACCAAUCGCAAGUUUUAUGGCCAGGAUAUUCGUGCAAGUGCCAUCUUGCUUGGUGAUGUGCCUUUUCCUGCACAAGCAAAUGAUCUUUAUGAAACUCUAGCAUCCUUCACUGAAGUAUAUGAAAAUGAAGAGCAAAAAAAUAAUCCAGGAAAAGCUGUAAAUGACCCACCUGCUAGACCGUCGUUGAGACCUGAACCACCUAAACCCACUGUUAGACCAACACCACCAGCUAAAAAGAAUACAAACAAACUUUAUCCUGAGCUUCCAAAUGAUUAUGCCUCUGUGGGUAACUCUUGGAGUAAGCCUGUAGAAGUGACAGCACUUUAUUCAUUUGAAGGACAACAGCCAGGUGACUUGACUUUCAAAGCUGGAGACAAAAUCAUGGUCACAACCAAAACAGAUUCACAAUUUGAUUGGUGGGAAGGUAGAGUAGGAGGACAGACUGGCAUCUUUCCAGCCAAUUAUGUUGCCAUAAGUAACAACUAAGUUCAUAUAGAAGAAAAUGUUGAAGCAGUAGUAUAUUUACACUGAAUAAAUGUAUUUUAACUUUUCAGAUCUUGUUAAAAUGAGAUUCUUGAUCAAGACUAUUCUAACAUAAAAUUGAAAUGCAUCAAAUGACCUUAACUUUCCUCUAAAUUUAUUUCUUAAAUAAACAGUAGUUGAUAAUCCAUUUAUGAGAAAGUUUUAGUUUUGAGCAAGUUGCUGUAUCUGCUCCAAUUUGUGUCUUGUUAUAUGGAUUUAUUUUUCACAUGAGGGAAUAAUUAUGAACAAUUUCAAACUAAACAUAAAUACUAAUUUAUUAAAUUGUAAUUUAUGGUCUCUAAUAAAUGCUCUCAAUUUUGCUUCAAAGCA